CCCUCCUAAGGCGCGUAGUCACGGCAAUCAAAGUACGACCCAGUCGGCCGCUCGCCCCGCUCUUCCGCUCCGAGAUUGCGUCUGUGCUCCCACCGGCACCAGGCCUCCCCGCCGCCCCCACCCAACUUGACCCCCAUCCCUCCCUUCUCGCAAUGGCCUCGAUCCCCCCGUCGCGCGCACACACGCCAGACGCGAUCGACGCCGACCUCGAAGCCGCUAAGCUCGAGAGCCUCAUCGACUCGCUCUCAGUGUCAGACGACACAAACACCGCCGCCCUCGCAGACGAGCUCGGCGCCCUGCACUCCAUCUAUCCUGGCACCUUGCGCCUGCUGGAGAGCGACGGCAGAAUACGCUUCGAGAUCGCCCUCCCAGCCUGGGAGGGCAGCCUCACCGGCGCCGUGGGCGAGGACGAGCCGCCCACCUUGCGCGUAUUGGUGACCCUGCGACCAGGAUAUCCGGCGAGCGUCGCGCCGCAGCUGCAGCUGUUGGGGCUUUAUCUGGGGUCGUACCCCAUCGACGCGGGGCUGUUCGGCGACGUGACGAGAACGUACAUCACGUCCGCCGGCGUGCCCUUCACCCCCGGCGACGUGUGCGUCUUCGACGGGCUCGUGUAUGUCCAGGGACUAGCGGGGGCAUGGUACGCUGAGCGGCUGGCGAGUGCAGAGGCGCACGCCGGCGGCGACGACGGCACGCAAAGCCAGCAACAGCGGGCCGCCGCCGCAGCCCUCGCGGCGCUCGCGCUCGAUACCCGCCCCCUGCCAAACAUUACCUCGUCCGAGCCGAUUACCGACCGCAAAUCCGCGUUCGUGGGCCACGCGGCGCGCAUUCUCGACGAGCGCGACGUCGCGGCUGUCGUGCAGCACCUGCUCCAAGACCGCAAGAUUGCGCGCGCGGCCCACCCGACGAUUUACGCUUAUCGCAUCGUGCGCGACGUCGGGGGUGUCGCGGGCAAGGUUGUCGAGGCUGACUAUGACGACGACGGCGAAACCCAGGCCGGGUCACGCCUCAAGCACCUCCUCGAAAUCCUCGAGCUCGACAACGUCCUCGUCGUCGUCACCCGCUGGUUUGGCGGCAUCCACCUCGGCCCAGACCGCUUCAAGCAUAUCAACCAGGCCGCCCGGGACGCCCUCGAGGCGGCCAAGCUCCUCGACGAGCCAGUCGCCAAGGGCCGCAGGAAAAAGUAG